CCGGAGCUGACAAGCAGGUGACAGGCGAGCAGCGGGUGCGCGUGGCUGCGAGUAGCCGGGAGAGAGCGGCGCGCGGGGCUGCCAGCCGCCCGGGCCCUCCCGCACGACGCCGGGGCCCGGGGCCAGCGCGCCGCCGCUCCACGCUCGCCCCGGGGCAGCGGGCGGCCCCGACCCCGCGGGCGCCGCGCCUCCCCGGCUGCAGCGGAGCGGGCGGACGGGCCGGAGGGCGAGCGGCCCAGCCGGCGGGGUCCGCGGCGCGCCGGGCGUCCCAUGGAUAUAGCAACAGGUCCCGAGUCGCUGGAGAGGUGCUUCCCUCGCGGGCAGACGGACUGCGCCAAGAUGUUGGACGGCAUCAAGAUGGAGGAGCACGCCCUUCGCCCCGGGCCCGCCACCCUGGGGGUGCUGCUGGGCUCCGACUGCCCGCAUCCCGCCGUCUGCGAGGGCUGCCAGCGGCCCAUCUCCGACCGCUUCCUGAUGCGAGUCAACGAGUCGUCCUGGCACGAGGAGUGUUUGCAGUGCGCGGCAUGUCAGCAAGCCCUCACCACCAGCUGCUACUUCCGGGAUCGGAAACUGUACUGCAAACAAGACUACCAACAGCUCUUCGCAGCAAAGUGCAGCGGCUGCAUGGAGAAGAUCGCCCCUACCGAGUUCGUCAUGCGAGCGCUCGAGUGUGUCUACCACCUGGGCUGUUUCUGCUGCUGUGUGUGCGAGAGGCAGCUGCGCAAGGGGGAUGAGUUCGUGCUCAAGGAGGGCCAGCUGCUGUGCAAGGGCGACUACGAGAAGGAGAAAGACCUACUCAGCUCCGUGAGCCCGGACGAGUCUGACUCUGUGAAGAGUGAGGACGAAGAUGGAGACAUGAAGCCGGCCAAGGGGCAGGGCAGCCAGAGUAAGGGCAGUGGAGAUGACGGGAAGGACCCGAGGAGGCCCAAACGGCCCCGGACCAUCCUCACCACGCAGCAGCGAAGAGCUUUCAAGGCUUCCUUUGAGGUGUCCUCCAAGCCCUGUCGGAAGGUCCGAGAGACCCUGGCAGCAGAGACGGGCCUCAGCGUGCGUGUGGUCCAGGUCUGGUUUCAGAACCAAAGAGCAAAGAUGAAGAAGCUGGCCCGGAGACACCAGCAACAGCAGGAGCAGCAGAACUCCCAGCGGCUGGGCCAAGAGGUUCUGUCAAGCCGCAUGGAGGGCAUGAUGGCCUCCUACACGCCGCUGGCCCCUCCGCAGCAGCAGAUCGUGGCCAUGGAGCAGAGCCCCUACGGAAGCAGCGACCCCUUCCAGCAGGGCCUCACGCCGCCCCAAAUGCCAGGUGACCACAUGAACCCCUAUGGGAACGACUCCAUUUUCCACGAUAUCGAUAGUGAUACCUCCCUCACCAGCCUCAGCGACUGCUUCCUCGGCUCUUCCGACGUGGGCUCCCUGCAGGCCCGAGUGGGGAACCCCAUUGACCGGCUCUACUCCAUGCAGAGCUCCUACUUUGCCUCCUGAGAGCCAGCAGGGCCGCAUGGACGCUUGGGCCUGGGCCUAGGGUGGGGCCACAGGCCUCUGCAGCCAGCCGGCCCCCCAGCCCACCACCCGCUCGACAGACAGCCAUACGGUGCCCUCCCCUCGGCCAGCCAGACCUGGCUCAAGUGCCCACCGGGCACAGCCAGACAAGGCAGAUGGGUGCAGCCUGGGCAGGGACUGUGUCCUGCCCACAGAAACCUUGUGACCCCUGGGGACCCAGAGCUCUUGGACAGCCACUUGCCUCCCAGCCCUUUGACUUCAUCACUACCUUCCCUGUCCCCGCCUCUUUUGGGGGGAAGCUUAAAUUUGUUCUUUCUUUUCUUUUCUUUUUUUCUUUUUUAAACAUUCUGGUUCCAGCCAACCCCCAUUGUCCCUGCAAGGCCAGCCCUGGGACAGUGCCUGGUACCCGAGAAACAGUUAUACGGGUGUCUUGCGCUGGAGACCACUUCCCCUUCUGGUUAGCACAGGGGAUGGUUUCUGGGUCCUGGGAGGCCCAGGGUCACUGUUCCCAGCGUUAAGCUGGAGCACAGGAGAUGAGGGCCCUUGCAGGUGUGGCAAGCCCUUUGGGCCUGCCGGAACUGGGAGUCUCAGCAAAAGGGAUGCGGACAGAGCCCAGAGAGACCAAAGGGACAGAGAUGCACACCUACAGCCACACACAUCUGUAGGCACACCUGUGCAAGCAUGCAUAUACACCUGGUGCACACACACACCGAUGGAAGAGCUGCCGUUCCUUUCCAGAAGCAGCGUUGCGGCGCUGCGAGGUCAGCGAGCAGGGCCUACCUCUAAAGAGCGAUUGGAGAGGGAGGAAGGGCGUAGGUCUGCGAUGUGAGCAGGCAGACCUGGAUGGAUCCCAGGCUCUGUACGGGUCAUGACUGCCAGGGCAGGAGGUUAGUCAUAAACCUACAGGUCUCAGGGCAGAGAUGGAGUCCAGAGAAGCCAGUACACACAGACCACAGCAGACACUCCAGAUGGAGAGGACCACAAGAGUCUGACGCUUGGCACCAUCUGACACGUUCUUCUUACCCAGGGCCAGUGAUGGCCAGCUGCCCUUCUUGUGGGCUCCCCUGACCCUCAGUCUCCUGCCUGUCAGCCGAGGCUGUCCGCUGGCAGGGCUCCUGACCUUAGCCAGCUCGCACUCAACAGGGCCGGCACCUGCUCGGCCCUUGGCACCUUAGCUCUGCUGAUGUGGCUUAGGUUUCGUGACUUUGGAACCCCAUCCUUGUUCCAUAAUGACCCCCUCCCCGGGGCCUCACACAGGCACAGU